GCCUUCGUGUCCAUAGCGACGGCGGCGGCGGCGGCUGUCUGCUUGCUUAAGAAGUCGCCGCCGCCGCCAGGAUCUCGGAGCUAGGAGUUAACCCCGAGGGGGAGCGGGCUCCCCCUCGCGACGGCGGGGACCGACAGUCCUGUGGAACGACGAGACGGUCCCCGACGUCCAGCAACGCCCAGGAAGAGCCGCAGCGAACGAGCGGCGGCCAUGAGCGACCAGCAGAGUCCAGCCCCGGGCCGCUAGGGGCAGCUCCAGCAGCCCCUGAGCUCUCCUCGAAACCUCGGAAUCUGAGAGGAUGGAGCCCAAUACCUGUAAGACCAGUGAAUCUGAGGAAGAUGAUAUUGAGGAAGAAGAGUCUGAGGAAGAAUGUGUUAGAGAGGAAUCUACCACCCCUAACUCUACCCAGCAGGCACUUGGAAAGGCUGACUAUAAAGAAUUUGAGAAUGAGGUUACCUUAUCUGUUGUAGCCAAGAAAAUUCCAAAGAAGAUAUUAAGUGCAACAGACACGGAUGAUUUGGAAGUUGGGAGGAGGAGAAGAAAGCGGAAACGAAGACCCCUGGCCAUCAACCUGACCAACUGCAAGUAUGAGAGUGUGCGCCGGGCAGCCCAAAUGUGUGGCCUGAAGGAAGUAGGGGAGGAUGAGGAGUGGACGGUGUACUGGACGGACUGUUCUGUUUCACUGGAACGAGUCAUGGACAUGAAGAGGUUCCAGAAAAUCAACCACUUCCCUGGCAUGACAGAAAUCUGCCGCAAAGAUCUGCUGGCUCGGAAUCUCAAUCGAAUGCAGAAGCUCUACCCUACUGAGUACAACAUCUUCCCACGUACCUGGUGCCUCCCUGCAGACUAUGGGGACUUCCAGGCCUACGGUCGUCAGCGGAAAACCCGCACUUAUAUCUGCAAGCCAGAUAGCGGCUGUCAGGGGCGUGGCAUCUUUAUCACCAGAACCCCCAAGGAAAUCAAGCCAGGAGAGCAUAUGAUCUGCCAGCAGUACAUCGCCAAGCCCUUCCUUAUUGAUGGCUUCAAGUUUGACAUGCGAAUCUAUGUUCUGAUCACUUCCUGUGACCCUCUCCGGAUCUUCAUGUACGAGGAAGGCCUGGCUCGUUUUGCCACUAUGCCGUAUGUGGAACCUAGCCAUAACAACCUGGAGGAGGUCUGCAUGCACCUGACCAACUAUGCCAUCAAUAAACACAAUGAAAAUUUUGUCCGAGAUGAUGCUGUGGGCAGUAAGAGGAAGCUGUCGACACUCAAUGCCUGGCUGCGAGAGCACAGCCAUGAUCCCCGAGAGCUGUGGGGGGACAUCGAGGACAUCAUCAUCAAAACCAUCAUCUCAGCCCACUCUGUGCUUCGCCACAACUACCGAACCUGUUUCCCCCAAUAUCUGUGUGGAGGUACAUGUGCCUGCUUUGAGAUCCUGGGGUUUGAUAUCUUACUGGACCACAAGCUCAAGCCCUGGCUUUUAGAGGUAAACCACUCCCCAAGCUUCACCACAGACUCCCGCCUGGAUCGAGAGGUGAAAGAUGCACUUCUCUGUGAUGCUAUGAACCUUGUCAACCUCCGGGGCUGUGACAAAAAGAAGGUGAUUGAAGAAGACAAACGUCGAGUCAAGGAGCGGCUUUUCCCGUGCCACCAGCAGCCCCGAGAAUCCAGGCGAGAACAGUUUGAGUUAUCCCAGGCUGCCAUGCAUGACCAGGAGCGCUAUGAAGACUCCCACCUAGGGGGAUACCGGCGGAUCUACCCGGGGCCUGACUCAGAGAAAUAUGCACCUUUCUUCAAGCACAAUGGCUCCCUCUUCCAGGAGACAGCCGCCUCCAAGGCCAGAGAGGAGUGUGCCAGGCAGCAACUGGAAGAGAUUCGCCUAAAGCAGGAACAGCAGGAGAACCCAGGCACCAAGAAGCGCAAGGAAAACAAGGAGCAGAACCAGGGAGAAUCAGCGGGGGAGAAAAGCCGAUCCAGAACAGCUACCCGGGUCCUUGCCACCAGCCUGCUGUACAGGAACCGGAACCGGGAGAAAGAGCUGCUACCAGUACAAGUGGACACGACGCAGCCUCAGGACAUUGUGGAAGAGGAGGAGCUGGAGCGGAUGAAGCUCCUGCUACAGAGAGAGAACCUCAUCCGCAGCCUGGGCAUCGUCGAGCAGCUCACUCGCAUGCUGUACCCCAGCCACCGGAGCCACAGAAAGCUUCAUGAGUAUCGGCCUAGAUUUCACCAGGACGGGCUGAGCAGUCAAGAACUGCAACCUGUGAAUUUGGUCCCAUUGGUGUUCCUGAGAGGGGCUGCCUCAGAGCAGAUCCCUCCUCAUUUCCUGCAACCACUUCGGCCCCACGAAUUGAUCCCCAGGAUCUUAGGGCCGCUAUCAAGCAUGAAUCCCGCAAUUGCACAGCAUUCCCGAUACCAUCUUCAGCCCAAGACCUUCAACUGGAUAGGAGAUUCAGCAGCCACGGGCCCCUGUUCAUUGUCCAUGAAGAAAUCUGGGAGGCAAUAUAUUUCCAGCUCUAGAGUCAGGCUCACUAGCCGUAAAAGGAGGAAAACCCAGCACUCAACCAAAAGAGCAAGUGGUCUUCAAUCUUUGCUAAUUGAAAGACUGCCAACAAGUUCCAGAUUGAAAAGCUCUGGCCAGGACCUUUGUUUGCAAAAGGCAAAAAACACGGAGACACCAAGAAUUCUUCAACAUUCUAAGAUUCUUUGGGAAUCCGUAAAGACUAAAAGAUGAAGAGCUAAGGCCAGCUUGUAUGCAUCGCUGCUCACCAAGCCUUAGGCCGAGUCUAUCCCUAAGUGAUGGGUCUGAACCCUGGGUGUGGCUUGGGGCUGGAGGUCACUGGGCCACAAGGAGUUCCUUUCCCGGAGGAGUGGUCGCCAUCAGAAGAUUGCUGAGGGUUCGCCCUUCCUGCCACAGUGGCAGAAUCAGGCAGGCCUGGGCAGCCUGUGCCAGAGGGGCGGCUCUGGGCAACUGAACCUGUCUUUUUAUUAAAGUUUAUGUCGUUUUCCAGG